GUCUCGCGCAGACAGAAGGACUUCUUAGGUAGUUGACGUUUUCAGCACACACAAAAAGUAAGACACUUGCGAUGACCAAGAACGAAAGAAACUGCUCUGUUAGAGCAGACUCGUAUGUAUUACAGUACAAACUGGAUAAAUCUGAAGUGGUUAAAAGUGUUGGACCCAAACUUGUGCCAUUCCUAAAAACUGUUUGUGUUUAUUUUGUGGCAUGGCUUCCAGAGACAGAGAAACCAACUGUAUUUGCUGCUCUCCUUAAAAUUCUGCCAAUUCUGAGUUUAUGUGUAUUUGUCAGCCUGCAAGGAAUAAGUCUUGAGAGAGAACACAACUACAGCAGGAGAAUUCUUCUGGGUCUCAUCUUUUCAGCCAUUGGUGACGUUUUUCUUGUAUGGAAAAACACUUACUUCAUUCAUGGCAUGGCUGCUUUUGGUAUUGCUCACAUUUUGUAUAUUAGAGCCUUUGGGUUCCAACCAAGAAACCCCCUUGUAGGAUCAAUCUGUGUCUUACCAGGUUUGUUGGUGUACUACAUAUUGUACCCUGGACUCGAAGCAAAGCUGGUUAUUCCUGUCCUUAUAUAUGGCUUUGUGGUCACUGGUAUGAUGUGGCAGGCCAUAACUGGUGUCCAAAACCAAAUCGAAGAGAAUGGAUUGUGUCGCUGGACAAAGAUGAGUGCAUGCUUUGGUGCUGCCUUGUUUUACCUCUCAGACAAUAUCAUCGCCAUCAACAAGUUUUGUUUUCCUGUUCCUGGGGCAAGAGCCUUGAUCAUGACAACAUAUUAUGCUGGUCAGAUGGGCAUUGCUGUGUCAGCUUUCAACCUCGAGGAGGAGUACAACCUUAGAAUGAAAAGCUGUAAAAAAUUUGAGUAGUUUCAUUGCGAAAAUGCAAUUUUUUCUCUUGGUGUUGUAAGAAUAAAUCCUCUGAGUAAGGAGCAUGAGGUUUCGAUUCAUAUUACUUUAAAACACAAGUAGUUCUGAAAAUAUGUAUUUUUUUCACCAUGAUACAUUUUCAUCUAAAAUUCCCAGAUUGUAAAAUUUGUCACGUUUAAAAAUACCAAAUCAUUAACACUGGAAAUGUAGUUUUUUUGGUAAUAAUUGUUUAAAGCAAGUGAAACUAUGAGCCUUUUUGACAAGACAAUUGGAAAAUAUUUUAAGACUAGUCUCCAGCAAGCUAUGAUGUUUUUUUUUUUUUUAUCAUUGGGGAGGGGUGAUAAUUUAUUUUUCAAGAGUUGCAAAUACAGGGAAUAGUGGUAUUUAUAACCUUAUUUAUGGCCAAAACUGGACAAAUUUGACAUUGGUAGUGACAAGCAAAUGCAAGAUCCUGCAUCUUGGCUUGUCAAUUGAACCAUUUCAAAAUAUUCUUAUACUAUUCAAUUACUCUUGAAUUAUUUAAAGAAUGUUAUAGACAAGGUAUUCCUACUUUAAUGAGCUAAGCUCACUGUAAAUAGCUCAGAGUAUUGCUUUACGCAUGUAAAUUAAUAAGGGAAGCUAUUUAUGAUCUGAAAAUAAAUUUGAUUCCUAAAUUCA